CCAGCUUGUCUCGAGGCUCGGCUGGCCGGGGCCAGGUGCGGGCUCGAAGCCCGCGCCCGCAGCAUGUCGUGCCUCGGGUGCCUGCCGGCGUGCCUGGCCUCGGUGCGGCUCGGGGGUCGGGCGGCGGGCGCCGACGCCGACGAGGAGUUCGCGGAGCGCGUGGCCUUCCUGAGGUCGGUGCCUAUCUUCAAGAAACAGCUCCCGACGGCCGACAUCCCGCGGGUCGCGGAGGCUUUGAGGAAGAAGCGGCACAGGGAAGGCGAGUACAUCGCCGGGCAGGGUCACCGGCCCAGCAGCUCGGAGCCCGCGUUCUUCCUGAUAGACAGCGGCGAGGCGUCCGUUUUGGUGAACAGCUCGGGCUCCUCGGCGAAGGCGUCCCGGGGCGCCCACGCAGAGGAGGAGUUCCGGGGCACCCUGUGCCGGGGCGACCACUUCGGGGGCGGCUGCCUGCUGGAGGAGCGGCCGUACGUCGCCUCGCUGAAGGCCGGCGCCGGGGGCUGCACCACCCUGUCCAUCUCGCAGGAGCAGUUCGAGGAGCUGGGCCUGAGGCGCCUGAAGCUCCCGAAGCGCGCCGCAAUCUACGAGGGGCGGGCCAAGGAGAAGGGCGCUGUUGUGGGGCCUGGGCACCAGGCUGGCGUGAGAAUAUCCAGCAAGGAGGAUGAGGACUUCAUCGCCGAGAAGCUGAAGCGAAACAAAAACCUUCGUGCUCUCGUCCAGCUCAGCGAGUCGCAGUACCACCAGAUUGCAAAACUGGCGCGCAGGCUGGAGGUCGAAAAGGACGGCGUGCUGUACCAGCACGGAGAUGUUGGCCACGACAUCUACGUCGUCCACAGGGGGAAGGUUUUGCUGGUCCCGCCUCCACGCGUACAGCGCUCCGCCGAGGAGAUGGCGACGUCCACCCAGUUGGCCAAGCGCGCGCUGCGGAAGCAGGACUUCCUCGAAAAACUCUCGAGGGGCCCCACCUGUGGGAACGGGCUGGAUGUGCUGCGCGAGUCCGUCCCGCCGAACGGCUCCCCGCCCAAAGCCUCCGGUGGCGGCCCCAGCCCCCCCAGAGCGCGCCGGAACUCCGACGUGAGGCCAUCGUCGAUGAGGGCGGGGCAGGCACAGCCUCGGGAGGGCGCCAAGCCCAAUGGCGCCAGGGCGCGGCAUCGCAGCAUGAUAGGCUCUACGCAGACAGAGCUGGGCGUCACCAUAGGUGAUUUUGUGGUGCUCAACGACGCAGGGGCCGGGAGGCCGCUGGCCUUCGGCAGGUCCACGAGCCACGGCCCUUCGCCCGGCGAGGGGGCCGAGACGCAGGAGGUGGGGCGAGUCGUGGAGAUCACCUCAACUGGCAGGGUAGUAGUCGAAUUCCAGCAGCGUGGGGUCAAGGAGCUCAGGGCGAAUCAGGUGCAGUUGGCCAAGACCACGGGCGCCGUCACCACCUUCGGGAGAGGGGAGAGCUUCGGGGAGGUUUCCAUGCUGUACGACCUGAGGAGGAUAGGGACUUGUCACGCUAGCGGUGACCAGGGGGCCACUCUCUUCGCUAUUUCCAAGAGGGACUUCAAGAAGUGCCUGGACCGGAAGGACUUGCAGACUAAGGCAAAGCUGCGCGAGUGGUGCGAUGUGCUCGACGAGGUGCCCUCUCUACAGCAGCUGCUGAGGUCCGAGCGCAUGGAGCUCGCGAAGGCGAGUUGUGUCGGCGAGGUCCGGUUCCCGCCGGGCGAGUGCUGCAUCCGCAAAGGCGCGAAGCGGGAUCCACGCCAGUGGUACGUGGUUGCGAGCGGUUCUGCAGAGAUCUACGCGGACUGCGCGAACCCUGAGGGCGCUGAUUGUACGGAAACGCCCAGCACAAUCACUAGAGGAGGGGUGUUCGGCGAGCGAUCGCUCAUGAGAAAGACCUACGUCGCCGAGGUGACCAUCCUGGCAGGAGCGAACGGGAUGGUGUGCCUGGCGUUCGAGGAAGAGGCCUUGUACAGCUUUCAGCACCGCACUAUCAUCACAGAUCCGAAUUCGACCCUCGAGGAGUACAUCAAGGGAAGGUCUUCUUCUACCGACGAUACAUGCCCGGACGCGUUCAACAUCAACCCGUGGAACCUGAGACGAAUCUGCGCCCUCGGGGAGGGCGCGUAUGCCAAGGUGUUCCUGCUGGAGGACCCGCAAGGGAGGCGCUUCGCCGAGAAGCGGACCUCCAAGCGCCUCGUACGGAAGGGGGGGAAGGAGCUCCAGAGGGCGAUCUGCAACGAGAGGGACCUGCUCUCCAUCUGCCGGAGCGACUUCAUCAUCCGCCUGUUUCUGUCCUACCAGGACCGAGACUUUGUCUACAUGGUCGAGGAGGCCGCGUGCGGCGGCACCCUGGAGAAGGUCGUCGACCUCGAGAACGGCUGGGGCCCGGUCCAGAGGAGCAACGCGGCGCGCUUCUACCUGGCGGGCAUCACCGCAGGACUGGAGCACCUGCACGAGCGCCACAUCAUACACCGGGACAUCAAGCCAGGCAACGUCUUGCUGUCCAGGACGGGCUAUCCGAAGCUUUGCGACCUGGGCUUCGCGCGCUUCGCCCUGGGCAAGGCGUAUACGCAGUGUGGCACGCCGGAGUACAUGGCUCCAGAGUUGAUCGACUUCCCGAGCGAGCACUCCCGCGCGGUGGACUGGUGGGCCGCCGGGGUGCUCGCGUUCGAGCUGCUGGACCCCAAGAGGCAGGUCCCCUGGUCCUACUGCGGUGAGGAGGAGGACGACGGCCAGCGCCUGCAGGCCAUUCGCGACGGCCAGCACAGGGCGCCGGAGCCCAGGCUGCCGCCCGAGACGCCGGAGGGCGCCAGGAGCUUCGUCAGAGGGCUGCUGAUGGCAGACCCGCGCCACCGCCUGGGCGGCACCGACUCCCGGAGAGUGAGGAUGCACGGUUGGUUCCAGGAGGAGGGCUUCAGCUUCGACGCCGUCGUCUCCAGCGCGGUGGAGGCGCCGUGGGUCCCGCACGUGGAGGAGCCCGUGGAGGACUCCGACCUGGCCGCCGCGAGCGACCGCCACGAGUGCGACGACGUGUUCGAGCGGAUCGAGGACAGCCAGUGGGGCACUGCGUGCUGCACCGUCGUAGACGGCGUGUUCACCGCGAAGAGGCCCGAAGCCUUCGCGGUCACGAAGGGGUCCAAGGCCGUGCGCAUCACCAAGGCCAAGGGCGGCGUGAAGGGCGUGGUGCGUUUCGGCCUCACGCCGGACAGCAACGACAGCCAGCAUUUCGAGAAGGGCUUCUCCGUUGCGAUGCUUCCGGGCCUCCCGCAGAGCCAUGUGGACAGCACCACGGCCAAGUUCCCAGCGAGCACGGAGGACGAGCUGUCGCUCUGCAUAGAAGGCGAUCAGGUGACGGUGUACCAGGCUGGCCAGAAGGUCUUCACGCUGGGGAAGACCGGGCGGCGGUGCAUGUUCGCCAAGGUGUUCUUUAGCCAGGCCGUCGCCAUCCGGUCAUUCGAGGAGCCAGCAAGCGAAAACGACCAGUGGGAGCAGAACUUCAAGCUUCCCGACUGCACGCAGCGACUGAUAGACCAGCGGUGGGACGGCCCCAAACCCCUCCAGAGGGACGCGAGGUCCGCCUCGGCGCCCGCGCUGUCGCCGCGGAGGGCCGCCGGGGCGAGCUCGCCCGUUGCCUCUCUCAGACGGCACGCGGCGACGUCGCCAACGGCUGCGGCCGACGGAGGCGCGGGCGCCGCGCCGCCCUCGGCGCAGGGCGCGCCGCUCCUGCGGGCCCGGACGGGCCUGGCGCCCGGCGCCGCGAGGGGCCCUUCGGCGCCGGGCGCGCGGGUCUCGGGGCCGGCGCCGCCGCUGGCGGCGGGGGCCGCGGCGGCGGGCCUGCACGAGACCAGGCCCAGGGUGAAGGUGGCCCCUGCGGUGUACGUGAUGCCGAAGCAGGCUCUGGCGCCGCUGACGUCCAGGAGUCCCCUGCUGGCACACCCGGCGCAGAUCUCGGCGCCGCCGGCCAGAGCUUCCAAUGCGUAGGCCGCCAGCCUCCUCCCCCUCGCCCCCCUGCCCGACCUUGCCCUUGCCUCCCCCAGUUCGUCUCCUCGUCGGUGCCCCACGGCUCCCCCUCACUGGCAAUCUGGCGUUCGCCGGGGCCAUGCGUGCCGGCUUGAGGCCCUCAGGCCGCCAUGGGGCCAUGCGUGCCGGCUGGAGGCCCUCCUCCUGGUCCCCCUCGUCCUGCUCCUUCUCGCUGGUCUUCAUUCCACGCUUUCGGUCCUUCUCAUGGUGCUCCCGCUGGCGCGCUCGCCUCAUUUCCACCUUUUCGUUUUUGUUUUCCGCCUCAGCAGCGCCGGCUUCAUCUCCAAGUUGUCGGUCCGUCAGCAUGGUCUUCCGGCUGAACCGUUCGUGCUGUGCCGCUAUGAUGCGAUUCCCGACUCUGGUCUGCCCUCACCCUCACCCUCCCUUUCGCCUCUGGCACGGAAGGGCCAGGUUUCACACCCGCGAUGCCGCCGCAUGUGCAGUAGAGUUGGCCGUGGCCUCGGUCGCCUGCACACCGCCCUGCCGCUAGCAUCCAUGGGGGUC